CCCUUGUUCUCCUGUAAGCAAGGUUGGUGGUGCAGACACACAGAGCAUGUGUGAUUGGGAAAGGAGCUAUAUAAAGGUAUGCGCCCUGGAGUUUGAGGGGAAGAGGAGGGCAGGAAUGGGGGAACAAGCAGCCAUCGCUGAUCAGCAGGAGUUGCACCAGCUUAGUGACCUGACCCGCUCUACUACUUGGCUGCAUCCUCGCACGGAGGAGCCCGUCAACUCCGGCCACAUGAUCCGCUCAGAUCUGCCCCGCGGCUGGGAGGAGGGGUUCUCCGAGGAGGGAGCCAGCUACUUCAUUGACCAUAACCAGCAGACCACAACAUUUAGACAUCCUGUGACAGGACAGAUUUCUCCAGAAAACAUUGAAUUUAUUUUACAAGAAGAGCAGAAUUCACACAUGUCCAAGCAACAAGUAAACCAAAGACCCUCAAGCAUGGUCAGUGAAACAUCUAUUGCACUAACUACAUCCACUGUAGAUACAAAACCUGGCUCCAAGGUUUUAAAAACUGGCAAUAAAGUUCACAGCUUUGGAAAGAGGGACCAGUCUAUCAAGAGGAACCCUAAUGUUCCUGUUGUGGUGAGAGGCUGGCUACACAAACAGGAUAGCUCUGGAAUGAGAUUAUGGAAAAGACGAUGGUUUGUGCUUUCUGAUUAUUGUUUGUUUUAUUACAAAGACAGCAGAGAAGAAACUGUUUUGGGUAGCAUACCAUUGCCUAGUUAUGUAAUAUCUCCUGUUGGACCUGAAGAUCACAUAAACCGCAAGUAUUCCUUUAAGGCUGUCCACACAGGGAUGAGGGCAUACAUUUAUAAUAAGAGUUCUGUUAUUGGCUGUCAGGCAGAGCAUUCAGGAAUGCGCACAUACUACUUCAGUGCAGAUACCCUAGAGGAUAUGAAUGACUGGAUCCGUGCCAUGAAUCAAGCUACUCUGAUGCAAACACGUUCAUCACUGAAGAGAGAAACAGAAAAAGGGGAUCAGCAAGCUGUUCCCCAAGCUAACCAUGUGGAUUCCCGCAAAGAGCGUGCAAAGGUGGAUACUGCUGAUGUAAAAGAAAGUUAUCAAAAAGCAACUGAAAUCUUUGGAUUUGAUAGGCAUGAAGAGAUAAGAAAAGAAAGAGAAGAUGAAGAACGUUAUGUCUUCAGAAAAGAAAUUCUGGAAGCUAAGAGGGGAAAAUCUAAGCAUCCAUUAUCAUCAGGAGAAGUUGAUCAGUUUCCAGAUUUAACAAGUGCAUCUCGGCCCCAAGUAGCUCAGCCUCAGCCAAUUGAGAAGAAUGGGACGUUUCCUAGUUCAUUAAACAUGAGUAUUGGCCCAGUGGAGCAGAAUGGUACCAGUUUCUAUAAAAGAGGGUUUGUUCCCAGAGCAAAUCCAGAUAAACAGAUGCAAAGGAAAAACAACAUGACUCAAGUGGAGCACUGGGUAAAAGUCCAAAAAGGAGACACAAAAAGUCUUGCUUCUGAUCAGAUUCUAACUCGUCAAGGUCCCAGUCAGUCUUCGUCUUUUCCUGAAAAUUAUCAUACCUUGCCAAAGAAUACCAGGCAGCCUUCAGGGAGCUCUCCUCCACCAAAUCGCAACUUGCCAAGUGACUACAAAUAUGCCCAGGACCGUGUUAGUCACUUGAAAAUGUCCCAUGAGGAGAGGAAAGCUAAUAAGGAUGGUACUGUAUGGCAGCUAUAUGAGUGGCAACAGAGACAGCAGUUUAAACACGGCAGUCCAACUGCUCCAGUUUAUGCAGGUUCUCCGGACUUUACUGACCGUGUUAAAGCAAAAAGUUCACUAGAUGUUCCACGAUCAAUUUCUGUUCCUCCAUCUCCUUCCGAUAUUCCUCCACCAGGACCUCCAAAAAUCUUUCCGCCAAGGAGACCGCACACUCCUGCAGAAAGGGUUACUGUUAAACCAUCUGAUGGGAGACAGAGUAUAGACAUACCUUUUGCUGGAUCUCCAAGAAGGAUACGAAAUCAUGCUGUAAAGAAUUCAGCACACGUUGAUAGACGCUCCAUGCCUACUAUGGGAUAUAUGACCCAUACUGUAAGUGCACCCAGUUUACAUGGCAAGUCGGCUGAUGACACCUACAUCCAGCUGAAGAAAGACUUGGAAUAUCUGGAUCUAAAGAAGCAGUCUCCUUUUAUGAUAACAGUGACAGGGCGUGAUGUACUAAAAGAACGAAGUACAAAACCUGUCAAGAUUGCAGAAAGUGAUAUUGAUGUCAAGCUAAGCGUUUUCUGUGAACAAGACGGGAUUCUACAGGACUUGGAAGACAAAAUAAGAUCCCUUAAGGAAAAUAAAGACCAGUUGGAAUCUGUUUUGGAGGUUUUGCAUAGACAGAUGGAACUGUACAAAGACCAACCACCGCAUGCAGAAAAAAUUUCUUCCCAGCAGAGACUUUUGCAAGAGGACCUCAUUCAUAUUCGGGCUGAAAUAUCCAAGGCAUCCACUGAAAUGGAAAAUGCUUGGAAUGAAUAUCUGAAAUUGGAAAAGGAUGUGAACCAGCUGAAGCAAGCCUUACAGGAACAGAUGAACAGAUCAUUCUUUCCUCAGGAGAAAACACAAAUGCAAAAAGAUUUAUGGAGAAUUGAAGAUGUCACAGCUGGCCUAAGUGCAAAUAAAGCAAACUACAAAGUCAUAGUAGAUUCUAUAAAAAAUCCAGAAAGAAAAACAGUGCCUUCGUUUUCUCAGCCUAUAGUGCCUUCAUUAUCAACUUCUCUCACAACUAUGGAGAGCAAACAUUCUACUCAGCGAACUCCUCCAUCCAGUCCUGUUAAGUCCUCUUUGGAGGUUAGGCUGUUUCCACAGCCUUAUACUCAGCCUAGAACACAGUUUCAACCACAACAGCUGAAAAAAGUUGAGCAUCCUCUUCAGUCACCAGUGAAGCUAAAGUCAAAAAUUGAAGAUGAAGCACCACCCAGACCUCCUCUCCCUCAGGUCUACAAUCCUGAUGAUCACCCACCAGCUGUUCCACCUCUUCCAAGGGAAGCCAAUGUCAUCAGGCACACAUCAGUGCGAGGCCUGAAACGUCAGUCAGAUGAAAGAAAGCGAGAUCGAGAACUGGGACAAUAUGUGAAUGGAGAUUAUAGGGGAGAACUUCGUUCAUACAUGAGUGAACCUGAAUUACCUACAAUAAGUGGUGACCUCAGCCAAACUUCACUUGGUUUCAUAGGUUCUGACAGUGGAUACCAAACAUUACCUACCAGAGGAUUAUCUGGAUCAACUUCCAGACUGCACCAGACAUCCAUCAGUUCAUCGUAUGCAACGUUUCAAAGAGAUAGCUCCAAGGAGAGACCAAAGAGUGCCUUGGAACGCUUAUACUCUGGAGACCACCAAAGAUGCAAGAUGAGUGCUGAGGAACAACUAGAAAGAAUGAAGCGACAUCAGAAGGCAUUAGUUCGUGAACGCAAGAGAACUCUUAGCCAAGGAGAAAGACAGUCUGUUUCAACUCGGUCUUUCAUCCGGCCCGUUUCUGCAGACAUAGGCUCAUGGAAACGAGAACAAGAAUUUGAUUUGCAGUUACUUGAGAGAACAAUACGUGGAGAAGAGAAAAACGAAAAUGACAGUUUAAAAAUUCAGCCUGUACCAGUGACAGAGAUGGACCUGGAACCUCAAGAUUAUAACUUAGAUAUCAGCAGAGAGUUGUCAAAACCUGAAAAGGUGGCAAUUCCAGAACGCUACGUUGACCUGGACCCUGAAGAACCUCUCAGUUCAGAAGAAUUAGCUGCAAGACACCGUAAUGCAGAAAAGAUAAAGAAUAUUCUUACCAGGUCUAGUAAGCACAACCUACAGCCUGCUGUUGCUCAGGCCAAACACAACUCAGUUGAUUUAGAUUCACAGCUGCAGGAGCAGGAACGCAUCAUUACCAUAUCAUACGCUUUGGCUUCUGAAGCCUCUCAGCGAAGCAAGGAAGUAGCAGCUCACCAGUUGACCUACCCAUCUAAAGCACCCUCACCUUCUGUACCACAGCCACCUCACUCCCCCUUAAGCAAUGGAUUUCACUACACAUUUGUCUAAACACCUUAAAACCAAAGCAGUAACUGAACAUUGACAUAAGAUACAACCCAACAACCAUCUGAUGCCAGAGUGUGGAAGAAAGAAUGUCUUCAUUACACCAGCUUCUCUGAAGAUACUCAUCAGCUGAUCUCAUAAUUUUUCAAAAACAAAUUCAGAGAAUAAUAGAGGGAUUUUCUAUGAAAAACAAAUAAAUUCAAAUCAUUUUAGUUUGGCAUUGUUUUAGUUCAGACUUUUUAUAUAAAUAAAUGGCACUUUUAAGAUACUCUGUAAAAUACUGAUGUAUUUUUAGAAACAGAAUAUAUUUUAGAUUUUUUAAAUCGAGGGCUGAGUUCAUUUUAAAAAAAAAAACUGCUUACACGGACUUUACAAAAUGUAAAUCAAAUAAUCUUGGAAGCACAUCAUGGCAUUUGGGUAAAACUAACUCAAGUGAGAAGCUUAUUGAGAAUUUUCUUCUUUUUUGGCAAAAUUGAUCACUCUCGUGCCCUUUAAAUAAGAAAUAGCAAAGGACUCAGCUUGCAUUUCUAAAUGUUAGUAACCAUCAUGUUUGUACACAAUGAACAAAAUUAUGGCACUCAGCUGCUAACUCCUGUACAUUUUUUAAUUCCAUGUAGUUAAUUUUCAAAUAUCAGUACCCAGUGUGUUGGCAUUGACAAGAAGCUACAAAAAUUUUCUUAAAUUAAGAGGACUGGGAAGUAAAAGAUAUUUUAAUUCUACUGUGUGAAGUAAGCAAUAAAAUGUUAAUAGAAUGUGUGAUUUUACUAGUAAAUAUAUAUAUAUAUUUGUUUUAAUUAAAAAGCAAUAUGUGAUGUAUUGCAUUAUCCUGGAAACAACAGAAAUAAUGUAAUGUGGCACUUGCUAAUUUUGUAUGUAAAUUUAACUGGUGCUUAAUUUUGCCAAAACUUUCAAGUCUGAUGUUUUGCUUGGGUAUAGGGUGAAGAGUUGGCCACUUACAUAUGAAGAAAAUGAGUUUAAAUAAAUUGCUGUUGCUUCUUUACUUGAAAAAAGUAUGUGUACACUUUCAGUGUAAGGCAUGCAAAAAUCGCACAAUACUGUGUAAUUUUUAGUUGAGUCCAGUGCUAAGAGAGGAAUGAUUCACAAAUACUGUGCUGUGUUUUGCGAGACUUUUAACUUCUGUUUCUUUGCUGCAUUCAGAUAAUGGGUUUAAAAAGAAACUACAUGGAUUGAGCUUCACAUUUGUUUAAAAUGCAUAAAAUAAAAAUUCAUAUUGUAUUUUUACGAUACUCAGAAGCUAUUCUUAAGAAAUAUAUUUAGAAAAUGCAGUCUAUUUUUCACUAACUCAAUACUGCCAGAGUCAGCUUCAUAACAUUUUGCCAAAAUAAAAUUUUUAUUUUUGCCUUUAUAAAAAAUGUUUGAAAAGAAAUUAAAUGAAUAUUUUGCAAGAAAAUGUUAAUUUAAAUAAAAUGUAACAGUUUGGGGAAAAUGGUGUAUGUACAGAUUAAAAUAUUAACAUAA